AGCUCUGACAUGCACACCACUCCUCGCCACAUCCGAGUCUCUUAUACAAUUAAUACAACUAAUUACGCUCUGCUAGCUACGUUACCUAAUCGUCUGUUUUGAAUUUCACAAUUAAUCCCCUCGACCAGCGGAUGUCCUCUUUCCAGGUCACGUCACACUGCAAGUAUAGUGUGCCAUGACUCUGGCGGAAUACCACCACAAGCCCGCGUCUACGACAGCCAGCUCGAGCAUUAAUAUAGCACCAUGUAUCUCCCUCGGAACCUCAUAUCCCACCUAUACCUCCAGCUCCUCCGCUCCCACCACCCCCUUUCGCCGCCUGUCCUGAUCCUCGUCGCCCUCGAGCCCGAUGCUCUGUGCGCCUGCCGAAUCCUGACCACGCUGCUGAAGCGCGACUAUAUCGCCCAUAAAAUCCAGCCUGUCGCCGGUUAUGGCGAUCUGGCGCGUGCUGGGGAGGAAUUGGUGCGUCCGAUGCGGACCACAGAAGGCGGGAGUGGAGGAGUCGUCGUCUGUCUUGGGGUCGGCGGGUUGGUGGACUUGAGUGAGAUCCUACGCCUGACGAACGCCGAGGACGACAGUGACGAGACCAGCGGGGUCGAGGCGUGGGUGAUUGACGCACGACGGCCGUGGAAUCUGGUCAAUGUCUUUGGCGGCCAGUGGCAGGCGCGUGAAGCCCUAGAUGAGAUCGACGCCAAUGCGCGGAGGAAAACACGCGGGGUAGAAAAUGGCGGCAUUACUCGGACGUAUACGAGUGGCCAGGGGGGCGUUAUUGUGUUUGAUGAUGGCGAUAUCCAGGAGGAGCUAUCCAAAGAACGCGACGCUUACUACGCGCUGGAAGAGAUGCCCGAAGUCGAUGACGAUGAAGACGACCUGUCGGGGUCGGAGAGUGGGGAUGAUAGCGAUCAUGGGACGAGCUCGAAGAAACGCAAAUCAUGGUCUGGACGCGAAGAUGAGGAAAGUGAAGAGGAGGACGACGAGCGUCCACGACAGCGUAGACGAAGUAAUUCGAGCUCCCCCAUUCCUUCAUCGCCGAGUAACCGAAGACGAACGAUUGGACAUGAUUCUUCAAACUCCUCGCGCACGCCUUCGCCAGAGCCGAAUAUUGUGUCCCCGCCGGUUGCGAGACAGCCUUCGGCGCGGACGUUGAAAAGACGGCUUUUGAGGCUGAAGAGAAAGCAUGAAAACGUGCUGCAAGCAUACUACAACACCGGCACAGCGUAUUCGGAGCCGAUAUCGUCCAUGAUGUACUCGUUAGCCUCUGAGCUAGGACGUGAGGAUAACGAUCUGCUGUGGCUGGCUAUUGUUGGCACGUCGAGCAUGGAGCUUUCUGGUCGCUCUAUGGCUGGCGUUGGUAUCUCGAGUUCAUCUGAAUCUGGAGGGUCGGCAGGUUGGGGUGGGUCUCGAGGUGAACAUCUUCGACAGAUUCUCCGAGAUGAGAGUGCACGCGAUAUCCUUGGCUCGAGCUCAGAUCUUAUUCCCACCACAGCCCGGUCUCCAACAGACACCUCAAUCCGGCUGUCCCCAGAGCCACGCUUCCUUCUCGUACGACACUGGUCACUGUACGAGAGUAUGCUGCACAGCCCGUACCUCGCCUCACGACUACAUGUGUGGACAGAGAAUGGCCGCAAGAGACUUCACAAACUACUGGCGAAAAUGGGUAUUAGUUUAACCCAGUGUCACCAAAACUACACCCAUAUGGACAUGGAAUUGAAGCGUGUCUUGCGCUCUCGAUUACUGAAGUACGCUCCAAUGUAUGGGCUGGAAGGACUCGUCCCUCCUCAAGCAACUGGUUACAGCAGUAACCGAGAGGGAUGGGGCUUUGUGCGUAGCUGGGGCUGGAAAGCAUGUCUAUCGGCAACCGACGUUGCUGUCGUUUUAGGUUCUAUACUCGAAGUUGGUCCAGGUGCAGCCGCAACCUGGGAAGCAGGCUCUUCCUUUCGACCGCACACCAAUGGUGCGGGCCAGUCCGAAGUACCGUCUGAAACAGACCCGGCUAAUCUACACCCUCGAUUCUGGAGCGCCUAUGAUGCCCUGUCGCCCACUGGAUCUGAUUCACCUACAUUACUCGUUGAAUCGCUUCCUCUGGCAAAGCACCUUCAUCGCGCCAUUCUCCGCACAGGCACUUCGCUGCUUUCAAAACAUCAAAUUCGUCAUCUACGUGCAUUCCGUAUUGCUGUUGUAAAAGAGGGCCCUGAUGUGAAGCUUUUCACUAACCCUGGAGCAUUGACCAAACUGGCACUGUGGGUCGCAGAAGCUAUCCAAGUCCAAGAAAGAGACCGAAGCGAUACUAAAAUGGGCAAGAAAAAGAUCCUAGGCACACCCCUUGUCUUGGCUGGACUGGAUGAGGACCGUGGGGUGUACGUUGUGGUCGGCACUGGAGGCGGAGGCGGCGUGGUCGACUUUGCAGCCAUUGCAAAGAAACAAGAAGCGCGGCGUACCAAGAAGGAAGCCAAAGAUAAGAAAAGAAAAGAGCGCGAAGACCGCCGCAAGAAACGUGCAGCAGAGCGCGCCGGCCAGGAUAACGACGACGAAGACGAAGACGAGGAAGAAGAUACCGAAGACGACUCCUCAUCUGGCUCUGACUCAGAUGACGGUGCGACAGAUGAUGAAAAGGGGUUGUUUGGUAAUAAAAAUCUCGUCCGCAACCGCUUCGGUAUUGCGUUCCAGGAAGUCGUCCAGGAGACCAGUGCGCGAGUGCGGAUCGAUAGCUUCGAGCAUUGUGUUGUUGAGGUGCAAAAAGAGGAUUUAGGUGGGUUUCUUGAAGCAUUGAGCUUCAGGAGUGUUGUUGGAUAA